AUGGCAAAGGCAUACACGCAGGAUGAUUUCGAUGAGUUAAUGGGAAAGGUUCAAAAGGUAGAUAUGCGCGUGGCAGAGUAUUUGAAAUCGGCUGGUAGAGACAAGUGGGCUAGAUUGUAUGCAUCUGUUAACCGAGGGUGGACAAUGACUUCUAACAUAGCAGAGUGCAUUAACCGACAUCUUCAAGCAGCUAAAGAACUGCCUAUAUAUGACUUUCUCGAAGAAGUUAGAAGGAUGUCUGGGAGAUGGAAUUACAAUAACCGGAGAAAUGGAACAUACACGUUCACUACACUCGGUAAAAAGUUUCAGGAGAUGCUAUCAAUCAACGAGUAUCUAUGUCUACGAAUGACGGUAGAACCGUCAACCGAAUUCGUGUACACAGUACAUGAUGGAGGACGACGAUUCAUUCUUAAUUUGAAUAGCAAAACUUGCAGUUGUCGUAUGUUUCAACUAGAUGAAAUCCCCUGCCCGCAUGCAUGGGCUGUCAUUAAAAAGAAAAAUCUGGUUGCUGAGGAUUAUUGCUCUGAUUUGUUCAAACCGGAGACCGUGUUGAAGACAUAUGAUGUACCUGUGGAUCCUCUACCCGACGAGCGUGAAUGGAACAUUCCCAAAAACAUCUUGGAGGAUGUGGUUUUGCCACCAAGAUACAAGAGACCGCCUGGUAGGCCAAAGAAGAGGCGUGAUAAGCCUUUAAGUGAAUUGUUGUUUGGAAAGAGCAGACAUGCUUGCAGUACUUGUGGACAACUUGGGAACAACAGACGUUCAUGUAGUUUUGAGCCUCUGAGGAAGUGA